AUGAUCGACAUAACACAGCUCUUGAUCCUCGGCGUCGUCGUGGCACUGGGGUACUUUGUGUUUAAUGGCUCGCGACAUGAUCCUCGUGAACCACCGUUAGUGAUCAGCGGCAUUCCGAUCCUGGGACACAUAUUUGGCAUUUUGUGGUAUGGAGUCGAUCACUGGGGUAAUCAGGCCAAGAAGCACCCUGGGCAACCUAUCAUUAGUUUGGACAUGUUCUUUACUAAGUUUUAUGUGAUUACCUCGCCAGAUCUGAUGCAAGCUGUGCAGCGUAACGCUAAAACGCUUAGCUUUGAGCCACUACUAUUUUUUAGUGCUAAGAAUAUCUCCGGUAUCUCAAACCAGAGGACUCUAAAUCUCCUUAAGGAGAGAGAUGCCGGCGGUGAGGGUCUCAGCUCUAAGAUCUUGCACGCUAUGACCCCGGCACUGUCGGGGAAAGCUUUGGAUAAAAUGAACAUUCAGAUGAUCCAGUUGCUUCGGCCAUUUAUUGAGAAGUUAGGGGAGAGCUCCAUAUUCGACUUAUACGAGUGGUGCAAAGAUGCUACCAUAGCUGCUAGCACAGAAGCUGCAUACGGCCCAAUGAACCCUUAUAAAGAUAAGGUAAUUAAGGAUGGGUGGUGGGACUUCGAAACCGGCCUUACUAUGCUAAUAGCAAAUACUCUACCGUGGCUUACUGCACGAAAGGCAUGGAAGGGUCGUCGGAGGGCCGCUAAUGCAAUUCUGAAGUACUUUCAGGACGGCGGCCAUAACCAAGCAUCGGAACUUACAACUAUGCGGUUAAAGAUAUCUAUAGAAAGUGGAUUCACUCUCGAGGAAUACUCUAAGCUCGAAGUCGGUACGCUACUAGGAUUGGUAUCAAAUACUAUUCCCGCUAUGUUCUGGUGCCUCUUUGACCUAUACUACCGACAAAAGCUCCUCGACGAAAUCCGUGAGGAGAUUCAGGCGAAUGCUCUUAUUAUAGCUACGGAUGGAACAUAUCGCAUCAACUUAACAGCGAUUCGGGAGCAGUGCCCCCUUCUACUCUCCACAUUCCAGGAGAUUCUUCGUACCCGGACUAAUUCCGCCCCGACCCGCCUCGUUUUGAAAGACACUCUCCUUGCGGAUGAAUAUCUUCUCAAGGCCGGGAACACGGUCAGCAUCGUAUCAGAAUUGGUGGCUCAGCGCCCAGAAGUUUGGGGCGAGACUUCUGGGGUAUUUAACGAACGUCGGUUCAUGAACUCUGGAGAGAAAAAGGAAUCUCGUCGGGUGGGAGGGUUCCUGACGUUUGGUUUAUCGCCAACAAUCUGUCCUGGCCGACACUUUGCCAGCUCCGAGAUUCUGCUCUUGGUGGCCAUGGUCAUCCUUCGAUAUGAUAUUUCACCUGUUGGUGGAGUCUGGAAGGAGCCCAAAAUCGCGGCGAGUAUGGUCUCGAUCAUGGGACCUAUCAAAGAAAAGUUCCUAGUCGAAGCGAGCGCAAGAAAGGAAUAUGCAGGUAUCAAGUGGGGUUUCCAUGUGGAAGAGGGUAAAGGGCAGUUUCCACUGGUUAUAGGAUAG